UAGAGGGCUAAAUAUGCAGCGCUGUCGUUGUCCUGAGUUAUGCGUGGUUGGAGCCUGGAGGAAUCAACAUAAGGGAACAUUUGCUCGCGGUCCAGGACACGUAGUACACAUUUGUGCAGAGGCACAGUAAACCUGUCACUGGCCAGUGAGCUUGAGACACAACCGCAGCUGAAACAUCCGCUCAAACGCUGCAAUUCAUUGAUGACUCGGUUUCCUUUUUAGAAAGGGUGUGAUGGCGAUUCGAGAUAAGUGAGAGUAUCUGUCUUCUGUUUUCGUAAUGUCUUCAGUCUAGCAGCUGUAUUCAUCUUAACGUAAGUUUUGGUGCACAACACAGUGGGACAUCAUGGCUGAGGAGGAGCUCAUGUUUAGUAUGGAAGAGGUGGGAAGUCCUCGGGAUGGACUUAGGAAUGGAUGUGCUAAGAGCAGAGUGGCUUUCCAAGAUUCCAAUGCAAGUGAUGAUGAUGAUGAAGAAGAUGACCUCCGUAUCUGCCCCAUCUUCACUGACGAUCCCGUAAGCCCAACCAAAGGCUUUUUUGACUACCCAAAGAACGUCGUUUGCAACCAGCAGCUUUCUAAUUCAUUGCCCAAAAACUCCUUCACGUACAGGAACAAAAAUGAAAACGAGCAGGAUGGGCAAUCUGUCAGGUUUGGCUCUUUAACUGAGAAAGGCCGGGCAACUUGGAAACAUGCUAUUCAGAAAGCCAAAGCCAUGCCAGAUCCUUGGGCUGAGUUCCAUCUGGAGGAAAUUGAGACAGAACGCUGCACUCGAUACAGAUACAAUGCAGUUACUGGUGAAUGGGCAAAAGAUGACAUAUUUAUCAAGGUUUCCUCUCAGCCAUUUGGGAAAGGGGCCAUGAGGGAAUGCUUUAGAGCGAAGAAGUUGUCAAACUUUUCCCACAGCAGCAACUGGAAAUCAGCCUCCAACUACGUGGCUAAAAGUUACAUGGAGACUGUGGACAGAGAGGUUUACUUUGAGGAUGUGAGGUUACAAAUGGAGGCUAAAUUAUGGGGUGAGGAGUUCAAUCGCCACAGGCCACCCAAACAGGUUGACAUCAUGCAGAUGUGUGUUGUGGAAAUGAUUAGUCGCCCAGGGAGCCCUUUGUUUCACCUUGAACACUACAUUGAGGGGAAGUACACAAAGUACAACUCCAACUCUGGUUUUGUGAGGGACGAUAACAUACGGCUUACACCUCAGGCAUUCAGUCACUUUACAUUUGAGCGCUCUGGACACCAGCUGAUAGUGGUGGACAUUCAGGGUGUUGGGGACCUUUACACAGACCCUCAGAUCCACACUGAGAAGGGGACCGACUUUGGAGAUGGCAACCUAGGUGUGCGUGGCAUGGCUCUUUUCUUCCACUCCCACCUGUGUAAUAAGAUCUGUAGGAGUAUGGGCCUCACUCGCUUUGACCUUUCCCCUUCUGAAAUUGCACAGUUGGACUGCACCAACAAAUUGCUGCAGUCAGCUCAGACUGUCCUCCGUGGAUGUGAAGAGCAUUGUGGUUCACCCAGGGUCCGGACAACCUCUCUCGGCCACAUGCCUGUUCUCCUCUCCCGGCUUUCUGAGAAUUCCUCGGUUGAUGAAAGCAGUGACACAGACUCUGUUCCCUGUUCACCACUUAGUAUGGGCGUCUCUGCAGGCCGAUCACCCCUAGGCUGGUCAUAUAUGAAUGAAAUGAACACAGAUCACAAGGACUCAGAGAAUGGAGGAGACAGUGGUUAUCCCAGUGAGAAACGCAGUGAAGGAGACUCAGUUGAACAUCACAGUCAGGGACGUCCCUUCUACAACAGACAUUACUCAGAAUCGGAUGAGGACAGUGUUCGCCGGCUGACAGAAGAAAAAUGGACUUUCUACCAUUCAUCUCGCUCCCACAUACACAGACCCUCCUGUGUGGCAAUGGAAGUGGAGAGACUUAACACUAUGCUUCUUGAAAGGAAGAUUGGUAAAUCUAUCCUAGGCAAGGUACAUCUAGCCAUGGUACGCUACCACGAGGCCGGGCGUUUCUGUGAGAAGGAUGCACCAUGGGACCAGAUUUCUGCAAUGUACCAUUUGGAAAGGGCUGCCAUGUGCGGGGAGCUUGAGGCUAUAGUUGCCCUUGGCCAAUGUUACCUUCAGCUGCCACAUCACAUUCUACCGGAGAUUGAAUUAGAGGCGUCUGAGGAAAACAGCAGGAAGGGUUUCCGCUUUCUGCUGCAGGCUGCUGAGGCAGGGGACCGGCCAAGUAUGAUUCUAGUAGCACGAGCAUUUGACACGGGUUUGAACCUCCCUUCUGAUAGGGCUAUGGACUGGAAACACGCUGUCCAGUGGUAUGAUUCUGCCCUUAAGAUGACAGACUACGACGAGGGGGGAGAAUUUGAUGGAAUGCAGGAUGAGCCACGCUACCUUCUGUUGGCACGAUUGGCUGAGAUGUACCAGGAGGGAGGGCACAACUUAGAUGCAGACCCCCAAAGAGCAGGUGAUCUUUUCACUGAAGCUGCUGAUGCAGCUAUGGAGGCCAUGAAGGGGAGACUGGCUAAUCAGUACUACAUGAAAGCAGAGGAAGCAUGGUCUAUGAUGGAAGAAUGAAAGUGCUGGUGUGCAAAAAAAGCAUGAACAUGGUUCCUAUUGUGCACCCAGCCCGUUUACAUGCUGUUUUCAAUGCCUUAUGUUUUCUUCGGGUCCUUUUGACUUUUAGAGAAAUAAUGUUGAUAUUGGAUCAGUUUUCUAAUGAAUGUGAUAAGGGCAUACGCUGAUUCUAUACUGAGGUGCUACAUACACAUACUCUUCUGGUUCAUUUUUCCUUAAGAAUAGUUGCACAGUGUCUGCAUCCUGUUCAGGUUGCUUCAUGGGAAUAUGUGCAUUACCUGUCAAUCAUUUCUUUCUCUUGUUUCUGAAAGGACAACUGGACGUUUAUUUAAAAAAACAUGUUGUGACUGUUAAAAAUGGCAUUUAACUUCAGUAAAAUAUAUUUGCUACUAUUGUUAGAUCUGAUCAUGUCUAAGAAUAUUAAGCAUCAACAGCUAUCGCUGUGAGAUUUAAGAUGUUUUGUGUUGACUGUCUAAAACUUUAAUAAUUCACCAUAAUGAAGGAGAGUAGAUGUGAGUGUGAUAAUUUUUGGUGGUUAUUUUUCAAAUGAGAACAAGAUUGAUUACAAAGACACAAACAAUAAAAUAAUUUGUAAAGAA